AUGAGGAUUUGUAAAAACGACAAACAGGUUAAGAUAAGUGAUUUUGGUCUCUCAAAAGCUCUGGGUGUUGGUUCUGACUACUAUCAAGGACAUCUGAAUACUGGACUCAAGCUGCCUAUUGCGUGGUGUGCCCCAGAAUGCAUAAACUUUUUAAGAUUCACGACAUCCUCCGAUGUUUGGUCAUUUGGUGUUCUGCUUUGGGAGAUGUUCUCGGGGGGCGGUCAACCCUGGGAGGGUAUGACCGGACUGGAGGUGAGGAGACUAAAUUGA